AUAGCCUUUAGAUGUGUCUUUGUGAGCAUGAUUGUCAGUGGCUUAAUGAGCUCCUUUGCCGGGCGAGAAGCUUUGGUAACAUAUGUCCCCACCGCGCCACUCAUUCCGCUCAGUGCUCCCGGAGUCGGACACAGAGCCAGUGAGAGCUUCACAGCGCUCCGCGGACACCGCCUGAGGUCACCGCGUCCUCGCUUUGGACUGGUGGCGCCGAGGAGGAGAGACAGAAAGGUUUUAUUAAACUCAGACUAUGGAACGGUGGAGGAAUAUGGAGCAGACUAAGUAAGCGCUCCAGUUUUCAUCCAUUCACGGCGAUCUCUGCGAAUUGGCAGCAUCUCUGCACGGCACCUGCUGAGGGAUUUUGUGACCAGAGGAGCAAAUUGGUCUUCCACGCCCGGAGAGUGAGAGGAGUGCACACAGCACGGGGAGCGGGACUCACGUGUUGAGCUUUGCACAAGGAGGGAAACGGAGCCGUGCUUUACCGCACGUCUGACUGAGAUGAACUGAGGCCGCGGACACGGUCGAGCAGCGUCACCUCAGGAUUUACACCAUUCCGGUCUGCAGCAGAGCGAUGGCGUCACCAUGGAGCUGCGGAGUAUCUGUCUUAUUGGGUCUGAUUUCCAGACUCAGCAUCUUUCACCCAGCCUGUGGCCUUGACAUCCCUCUGGAUGUAGUGUUAGGUCACCUAAACAUCGAGCAGCUGCCCAGCCUCACUGUGCAAUCGCCGAGCUCCGUGAUCGCCUUCCCCUUCGAUGAGAGAUACCCCAUGAAGUGUGAGGCCAGAGGAAACCCAGAACCAGAAUAUAGGUGGACGAAAAACGGGCAGGAAUUUGACCCCAACCAAGAUCCCAGAUUGAUAAAGGAGGAAGAUUCCGGCUCAUUUCUGAUCCCAAAUAGCGGAAACGUCACGGAAUACCAAGGAACCUAUCGGUGCUACGCCUCCAACAGACUAGGAACGGCCAUAUCUGAGGAGAUUGAAUUCAUCGUGCCCAACGUCCCAAAAUUCCCCAAAGAGAAGAUUAACCCCAUCGUGGUGGACGAGGGUCAGCCGAUCAUUCUGGAGUGUAACCCCCCCAAGGGAAUCCCCCCAUUGCAGAUCUACUGGAUGACCUUAGGUCUGCAGCACAUUGAGCAGGACGAGAGGGUCUCCAUGGGCCUCAACGGGAACCUGUAUUUCUCAAAUGCCCUGGAGAAGGACAGCCGCAGAGAUUACUGCUGCUUCGCGGCCUUUCCCCGGAUACGCACCAUCGUGCAGAAGACGGCCAUGUCCGUCAUCGUCAGGAAUACUACAUCUAUCAGUGGCUCAGAGUCUGGUACCCGUGCCAAUGCGCUCAUGGAAAGAAAACCCAGUCUUCUGGUGCCCUCUGGUGGUCAGACGGAGGUCAGGCUAGUGAAAGAGCAGGAACUGGAGCUUGAGUGCAUUGCAGAGGGAUUCCCUACUCCAAAAAUCGAAUGGACCAAAAUGGGCUCUGUGCUGCCUGAUCGCGCAAAAGUGGAGAGCCAUGGGAAACUGCUGAAGAUAUCAAGGGUCCAUGAAGCUGACAGCGGGAAAUACACGUGCAAAGCCAAGAACUCCAUUGGAGAAGUUGUCCAUAAGUUUCAUGUAACAGUGGAAGAGCCGCCCAGAUGGACCGAGAAGCCUGAGAGCCUUAUAAGCAUGAUCGGCGCUGAUGUCUUCAUUAAGUGUGCUGCCGCUGGAUUACCUCAGCCCACGAUAACGUGGAAAGUAAACGGACUGGCCCCUAGUGAUGUGCCAGUAUCAAAACGGAAGGUUUCCUACGAUACCAUUAGCCUUCAUAAUGUGCAGCCUGGAGACAGUGCUGUGUACCAGUGCGAGGCCUCCAACCGGCAUGGGACCCUCUUAGCUAAUGCUAACAUCCUGGUCAUGAACCUGCUCCCGAUGAUCCUGACUGGGGAUUCCCAGGAGUACGCUGCGGUGGUGGGCAGGAAUGUGAUGCUGCACUGCAAAGUUUUCAGCUCUCCACCUGCUACAAUCAGCUGGGUGAAGGACGACACAGCAAAGCCUGUCGAUGGAGAAAGAUUCUUUGUUCAUGAGAACGGAUCACUGGAAAUCAACUAUGUCACAAAAGAGGACAAUGGACAAUACACGUGUUUUGCUACAAAUAUGGAAGGGAAAUCAGCAAUUACUGCAAACCUGGAUAUAAAAGAUCCUACCCGAAUCGUGGAUCCACCUCAGGACUUGCGUAUUUUACGAGGAACCACAGCCCAAUUCACAUGCCAAGCUGACUACGAUAAGUCCCUGAGAGGUGACCUUGAGAUCUCCUGGGAGAAGGAUGACAUGGAGUUAGACUUCAACCUCACAGAGAGUAUGGGAUAUUUUGCAGAUGAUGGGAUACUACAGAUUGCCAACGUGAGCCACAAAGACCAGGGCAUGUACACUUGCCGGGCCAGAACCUCACUGGAUCAGGACAUAGCUUCUGCACAUCUCAUAGUGCUGGACGUCCCUGAUACACCAACCGACUUGGUCCUGUUUGAACACAAAGACAGGAGUGUUAGACUGAAGUGGGUGCCUGGGGACGACCACAACAGUUCGACCACAGAGUUCAUUGUUGAAUAUGAAGAGAGCCAGUGGGAACCUGAGAAGUGGAAGGAGAUGGUCCAGGUCGCCGGAAAUCAGACCUCGGCUCUCCUUAAGCUACACGGACAUGUGGAUUACCGGUUCCGAGUGGCUGGAAUGAAUGCUGUAGGAAGAGGAGAGUUCAGUGAACCCACCAGACGAUACAAAACUCCUCCUGCAGCUCCUGACAGGAAUCCCGAAAAUAUCAAAAUUGAAGGUCAUUUGCCAGAUGAGAUGGAUAUUAAAUGGGAGCCUCUGCUGCCCAUUGAACACAAUGGUCCAGGCCUGGAUUACAAGGUGAGCUUCAGACGUAAAAACGCAGAAGAGAAAUGGAAGGAAUUUGUGGUGAAAAGGCACUCCUUCAUUGUGAAGAACACCCCCACCUUUGUGCCGUACGAAAUCAAGAUCCAGGCCAAGAACCACCAGGGUUGGGGGCCAGAACCCAAAGUGGUGAUUGGCUAUUCUGGAGAAGACUUCCCUUCUGCGGCUCCAGAAGACGUGGCCAUCGACGUCUUGAAUAACACAUUGAUCAAGGUCACCUGGGCUCACGUCUCCCAGGACAAGCUGAACGGGCACCUGGGAGGAUACAGGGUGAACUGGUGGAGGUUCCGGAGCCUUCUGGACUCGCAGAGAGGCCAGGGGGAGAAGCAUUCGCUGACAUUUCCAGGGGACAGGAACCAUGCAAUAAUCCCAGGCCUGAGACCCUUCUCUGAGUACAGUCUGAUUGUCGUGGCAUUCAAUGGAAGGGGAAAUGGGCCGGGGAGCCACUCAGUGACCUUCAAAACCCCAGAGGGAGUUCCUGAGCAAAUCCCAAUACUGAGGGCCACUAAUGCCCAAAGAAAUUCCAUCACGCUUGUCUGGGCGCCCCCUCUAGAGGCCAACGGCGUCCUCACCGGCUAUUUCCUGGAAUAUCAGCUGAUCAAUGACACUGAAGACUUGGGGAAGCUGCAAUCCAUUAAUAUCAGCUCUCCUGACACCAACAAAUGGGUCCUGGAGAACCUGGAGCCUGUCAGCCGCUACAAGUUCUACCUGAGAGGCUGUUCCAGAGUGGGCUGCGGACCGGCCGUCAGCGAGGAGAGCACCACUGCCCUCGAAGCGAUCCCUACCCUCCUGAAUAUUAGUUCCCAUGUAACCGACAACUUUGCAAAAAUUAGCUGGAUUCCAGCGAGCGAGCACAAGGAUGCAGAAUUUUAUGUUGCGUAUAAGAAUAACCGUGAAGGUAACUGGAAGAUCUCAGAGGCAGUAAACACCUCUAGGAACUUCCACAUCAUUCAAGGGCUCGAACCCGGGACCGUGUACACUGUGCGCCUUUUGACUAAGAACUGGGUCGAUAAUUCUAGUAUUUUUGAAGAUGUUAUCAAGACCAGGGGGAAAGGUCUGGCCAGCAUUCACGGAGGCAUAUCCACACAAAGCUGGUUUAUUGGGUUAAUGUGCGCGGUGGCUUUUCUUACACUUACGGUCCUAAUCGCCUGCUUCAUCAACAGAAAUAAAGGGGGCAAAUAUUCUGUCAAGGAAAAGGAGGACCUGCACCCAGACGUAGAGUCACAGGGCAUGAAUGAUGACACAUUCUGCGAAUACAGUGACAAUGACGAGAAGCCGCUGAAGGGCAGCCUGCGCUCUCUCGAUGGGGACAUAAAGGCCACAGACAGCGGGGACAGCCUGGUGGACUACGGGGACGAGGAUGGACAGUUCAAUGAGGACGGCUCAUUCAUCGGCGAGUAUGCGGGGCGCAAGGCGCGGGAGUCUAUGGAAGUUAAAGGGACUGCUCCAAUCAGCGCGUGAGGACAGGAGUGUUAAGAUCCAUCCCUAGGACACCACUGUGAUGUCAUUUGUGGACCACCCUGUGAUGUCAUUUGUGGAUGGAAGUAUGAAAUAAUUGGCUUCAUCUAUGCGGAGGACUGAAAGUCCACACAGAAGUUAAGAUGGUGCCUUCAGCCCAUCUCCACCUUGAUUCUAUGUGGCUCAGUGCCUGUUUAUUGUUAAAGAUUUGCGAUCAUUCCUAAAUUUAUAUAUUUCAGUGGCUUUUUUAUAUCACUGUAAAACUUUAGGUUGCUGACUGCUUUUUUGAAUGCAGCAACUCUUUGUAUUUCAGUCAUAUGUACAAAAUAAAAAGACACAUUUCCGUGCAAAGUGUGGUUUCUCACGCAGCUUCUCAAGCCAGCGUUUCUCUGUAUAACCGCAUGCAGGUGUUCUGUGCAUAUGUGUGUUUGUGUUCUUCAUUCGCCAAGGAUAUUGUUGCAUUUUAUAUUUGAGGUACAGACUUUACCUGCAGUUUUAUAGUAUAUUAAACCAUGUACAUACUCAAGUAUUUCUUGUUUAACUAUCUUCACACACGCUUGAAAAAUUGGUAGGGAAUGUGUUAGGAUUGAUAAUUAAACAGAAUUGUAGUCAAACAAAAUAGACUUCAUCUUGGGCUUGUGAAGAUCAUUGUAUCAUAAACAUAUACUGUAAAUUUACGUGGUGCCUUCAUUUUUUAUAUAAUCUUCACAUUUUAUUUUUGUGCAGUUUUGCCAUUAUAAACACAUCAGUUAUGACAUCAUACAUUCAGAGAAGACAUUAGCUAUAUAUCCGACCCAAGAUACUAGUUCCAAGCUAAGUAAGCAUUAUAUUACAGUUAUCAGCAUACAGUAGUUAAUUAAUGGGAAGCAUUGAAAAGCACACAAAUGUUAAGAAAUAGUAUAAUAUUGUGACAAUGAUGCAUUGUUCUUUUUAAUUAGCCAUCUUUAUCAGUCUGCAGUGAAAAAAAGAGCUGAGGUCAUAUUGCCUAAAAUGACCUUUUUAACUGUGCUUGUACUAUAUUAAUUCAACAUCCUUCCAUAUCAGUUUUAUCAAUUUCAUUCUAGUUUGGGUGGUAAAACUAAAAAACUGCUGAUACGGAGGCCUCAGGGAAGGAAUAUCAGGAGCAAAAUGUCAGCUUGCAGUUAGACGAAUGUUUAUAUAAUUACUGCCUUUUUUGUUAUGGGGAGUAACAUGUCUAACGCAUGGUAGUGGUAUCACUGAAUUACUGUUUGUAAUUGGUCAUCAUCUAAAAACAAUAUUCAUGAUGCAUGGAGUAGUGUAGUAAGAUUAAUGAACAAAAAGUGUAUGCUUUCCACUAAUAAACAUUCAUAAAGUGAAAGUCUGUACUUCCAAAUAUCACUCCUAUGGAUUUAUACUUGGCAGUUGAAAGGAAGGAAUGUGAUUAUUUUUCCUUGUACCUAAGGAUGUGCAAAGAGAUGUUUGUUUUUUUUAACUUUCUUAACUGGUAAUACCUGAAGAAUGUGAUAGAAAUAAAGAUGAAAUAAUGUAGCAAGUGAGUUUGUAUUACUGUCAUUUGAUGUCAGCCAGAAAAAUGCAUGCGAUUCUUCUACGUUCUGUUGAAAGUUACACUCUACUGAAAUGUUGCGAGGUGAGAUCGAUUAAUCAGACAAUAUGGAUUUGGCAGCGUUUUACUCUACAUCAUAAAAAUGCAACAGUUCAGCUUUUGUUUGAAAACGUUGAAUUUGCAAAAAAAAAAAUGUAUAAAGAAACAAAGCAACUCAACGUUUCAGCUAUCCACCCUCUAAGACACCACUAUCAAAAGCUACAAGUUAAAUGAGUAACAAACAGCCCUGCAGUUGUUCUGCUGUAAUUUAAUUUUCACCAAGUUCCUUUGCAGAAAAGCUUUGGCCUCUGUAUUCAGUCAAGCUAAAGAUGGACGAAUUGAAAACAGAAAGGUCACUCUCAAUGAGACAGGAUGUCGAAAACCCUGUAAGACUUGAGGGAACAUUUUCAAGUAAGAAGCCUGAAAACGAAUUCACCUAAAUCACCUUGAACAUUAUAAAUAACAUAAAACUCAGGUCAAACUAGGCAUUUCCCUCUACGGCCCCAAUGAAAGCUCACCUUGUGAAACGCUAGAAGAACUGGUGAGUUAAAAUGCAGGAGGAAUAUGAGCAACUCUGUCCCAUAAAUCUGUGCCCCCAGCGGCUGGUAACAGGGCUGCUCUCAGCUUCCAGCUCGCAUCCUUAAUGGCGUAUUUAACUAUAUUUGGUGCAUAAGGGAGCAAAGGUCCAGGUCUGGACUUUUUGGUUCCAAUCGUUACCAUCUGCACAUCUCAGGAAGCCGUGAAAGUCUGACCAUCGUGUAAAAGAGAAAGAAAGCUAGAAUGUCUACUUUAUUAUAUACUUCUCUUCUUCCACUGGAGACAACUGCCAUUUAAUACAAAUUUCAAUUCUGGAAUAAGAAGUUUAAACAAAAUGAAUGAAAUCUCUCACCUAAUAAUAAUUUCUUUACAUAAAAUUUUCAGCUGCCAAAUUUUGUAUUGCUUAACUAUAACACUAUAUUGCACAUUCUUAUUUGAAUAAGGAUAGUGAUUUCAUUUUUGAACCAAAGUAUGAUUUCUUUUGUACUUGUAAAAAAUGUUUUAUCAUUACCUUGAACUUGUAUCAAGUUUAACAUUGACCCAUUAUUGUCUGUAUAUUGACAUCUAUUUGUGAAGUUAAGUAGUUGAAUUUGUCUUUAAUGAAGGCUAAUUACGAAAAACAACACAAAUGUAAUAUAGGUUCAUUGUGUUCUUUCUGUUGAUGUAAUGUGUUGCUGUUUUGAAGUAAUAAAAUUAUAUUCCAUCAAAA